GAAAUGAAGCGGUUUUGAAAAAAAGUCACAGUCACACACUCCUCUCCGAUUCUCUUCUCCCCGCCCCACUUAUCUUGAAUUUCAAGCUAUACUCUAUUACUAGGCAACAAAGACGAUGCAGCAUUUCCUGGAUUUGCAGGACAACCCGACCCAUUUCGCUGACCCGAAAUGGGAAUCCAACUCGUCUCCGACUCACCACCACCACCUGACUCAGUCCUCCUCCGCCGCCAACGCCAACCUCGAUCGCGUCCUCUUCCAAGACCUCGUCGAGAUCGUCCCUCUCGUCCAGUCCCUCAUCGAUCGGAAAGCCAGCAGCUCAUUCACGCGCCGCGGUUCGGUCACCUACACCAAGACGCCUUCCAGAGACUCCUUAUCCAAAAAAGUGCCGAACAGGAAUGGGGCUCAAUCCAUGCCGGCAAGAAAGAAGAGGGAGAGUGCUAGCAAUAACCCGGAUGCUGACAGCGUUUUAAGUUUUUCCUCAAGGGCUUCGGCGGCAGAAAAGGAGGACGAAGAGUUGGAUGCGUUAAGGGUUCAGUUGGAGGAUCUGCAGAGGAAAUUGUUGGAGAAAGAUGAACUUUUGAAGUCGUCGGAGAUCUCAAAGAACGAAGUGAGUGCUGUUCAAGCAAAACUUGAGGACCUGAAGCGCCAAGCUGCGCAAAAGGAUUCUGUAAUCAAGGCAUCUCAGCUACAACUAUCUGAUGCAAAGAUCAAGCUUGCAGAUAAGCAAGCUGCUUUGGAAAAGUUACAGUGGGAAGCUAUGACAUCAAACAAGAGUGCAGAGAAGCUCCAAGGAGAGCUAGACUCUUUGCGAGGAGACAUUUCCACAAUUAUGAUCCUAUUCGAAGGCUUGGUGAAAACUGAUUCUACUGCAUCCGCUGAAGAUUAUGAUAUUUCACCUUGUACUGUGGAUCAUCUCCCAUAUAUUGACGAUUGGGAUGAGACGCAGAUGCAGAGAAUGGAAGCUGCUAGAAAAGCUUACGAAGCUGCUGUUGUUGCUGCAAAAGAAAGGCAAGAUGAAGAAUCUAUUGCUGCUGCAGCCAAAGCAAGGUUACAUCUUCAAUCGUUUGUUUUGAAAACCUGAAGUUCUGCUGGGGAAUUCAAAAGCUCCUAUUGAAAGCGCUUGUAUGUUAGCUCCACUUUGUUUUCAAAAUUAAGAGUUGUACUGGCUUUACACUUGUUUGUUAGCAAUAUGUUAUUUAUAUUCGACAUAGUAGAGUUUGAAUUCCUGUUGAUGA